UCCGCCCCCCCCUCGCCCGCGGGGCCGGUGCUCGGCGCUGCCCGGGCGGGAGCGGCGGGGACUGAACCGUCCCGAGCCCGACUGAACCGAGCCGGACCGGACUGAGCCCGACCGAACGGGCCGGUCCCGCCAUGGCGGCGGCGGCGGGGCCCGCCGGGUUCCAGUUCGCCAUCGAUCGCGGCGGCACCUUCACCGACGUCUUCGCCCGCUGCCCCGGCGGCCGCGUCCGCGUCCUCAAGCUGCUCUCCGAGGACCCGGCGUACGGGGAUGCCCCCACCGAGGGCAUCCGCCGUGUCCUGCAGGAGGAGAGCGGUGUGCCGGUGCCACGGGAUCAGCCCCUGGACGCCUCUGGCAUCGAGUGGAUCCGCAUGGGCACCACGGUGGCCACCAAUGCGCUGCUGGAGCGCCGGGGUGAGCGCCUGGCGCUGGUGGUCACCCGCGGCUUCCGUGACCUUCUGCACAUCGGCACCCAGGCCCGGCCCCGCAUCUUCGACCUGGAGGUGGCUGUGCCGGAGGUGCUGUACGAGGAGGUGAUCGAGGUGGACGAGCGGCUGAUCCCACACCAGCCUGGCUGCCGCCUCCCAGGGAAGGAGACCCUCCCAGUGCUGGAAGGCUCCACGGGGGCAUCCCUGCUGGUGCAGCGGCCGCUGGAGCUGUCGGCGCUGCAGCAGGAGCUGGAAGGUGUGCUGGCCCGUGGCAUCCGCAGCCUGGCCGUGUUGCUGCUCCACUCCUACGCCUGGCCCGGCCAUGAGGAGCAGGUCGGGGCGCUGGCACGGGAGCUGGGGUUCCAGCACGUCUCCCUCUCCUCUGCGGUGGCGGCCAUGGUGCGGGCGGUGCCGCGGGGCUACACAGCCUGCGCAGACGCCUACCUCACCCCCUGCAUCCACCGCUACCUGGAGAGCUUCCGCGCCGGCUUCGCCCACCAGCUGCGGGAGGUGCCGGUGCUGUUCAUGCGCUCGGACGGGGGGCUCACCCCCAUGGAGCACUUCAGUGGGGCCCGUGCCAUCCUCUCUGGCCCAGCUGGCGGCGUGGUGGGCUACGCCAUGACCACCUACCGUCGCGAGGACGGGCAGCCCGUCAUCGGCUUUGACAUGGGAGGUACCUCGACGGAUGUCAGCCGCUACGCUGGCGAGUACGAGCAUGUCUUUGAGGCCAGCACCGCCGGCGUCAGCAUCCAGGCGCCACAGCUCGACAUCAACACCGUGGCGGCUGGCGGUGGCUCCCGGCUCUUCUUCAGGUCCGGGCUCUUUGUGGUUGGCCCUGAAUCAGCAGGCGCCCACCCCGGCCCAGCCUGCUAUCGCAAAGGGGGUCCGCUGACCGUCACCGAUGCCAACCUCUGCCUGGGCCGCCUGCUCCCUGAGUACUUCCCCUGCAUCUUCGGGCCGGGCGAGGACCAGCCGCUGUGCCGGGAGGCGGCGGCGGUGGCGUUCGGCGAGUUGGCUGCCCGCAUCGAUGCCUUCCUGGCCAGCACCACCGCCGGCACCCACCAGCCCCUCUCGGUGGAGGAGGUGGCCAUGGGCUUCGUGCGGGUGGCCAAUGAAGCCAUGUGCCGGCCCAUCCGCGCCCUGACGCAGGCCCGGGGCCACGACACCGCCCAGCACGUGCUGGCCUGUUUUGGGGGUGCAGGGGGGCAGCACGCCUGCGCCAUCGCCCGCGCCCUGGGCAUGAGCAGGGUCUUCAUCCACAAGUACAGCGGGAUCCUGUCGGCCUUCGGGCUGGCGCUGGCGGACGUGGUGCACGAGGCGCAGACCCCCUGCGCCCUCCGCUACGAGCCGGCCGCCUUCCCUCGGCUGGAUGAGCGCAUCGCUGCACUGGAGCGGGAGUGCCGGGACGCGCUGCGGGCGCAGGGCUUUGCCGGGGAGCAGAUCCGCACGGAGGCUUUCCUGCACCUGCGCUACGAGGGCACCGACUGUGCCCUCAUGUGCUCCGCCAAGGGCCACCCACCCACGCCGCGGUCCUGCCACGCCGGGGACUUCCAGGCUGCCUUCACCAGCCGGUACCUGAGGGAGUUCGGCUUCACCAUCCCUGACCGGCCAGUGGUGGUGGACGACGUGCGGGUGCGUGGCACGGGCAGCAGCGGCAUCAGCUGCGAGACUCCCCUGGCCCCCAGUGGGAAACCAGCGCGUGUGGAGACGGUGACGCGGUGCUACUUCGAGGAGGGUUACCUGGAGACUCCGGUGUUUCUGCUGGAGGAGCUGGCCUGCAACCACACCAUCCCCGGCCCCGCCAUCAUCAUUGACAAGAACAGCACCAUCGUGGUGGAACCUGGCUGCACUGCCAGCCUCACCAGCUUCGGUGACGUCUGCAUCGCCAUCGGCUCGGGGCGCCCGCGCCCCAUCGGCCCCCAGCUUGACGCUGUCCAGCUGUCCAUCUUCUCCCACCGCUUCAUGAGCAUCGCAGAGCAGAUGGGCCGCAUCCUGCAGCGGACAGCCAUCUCCACCAACAUCAAGGAGCGCCUGGACUUCUCUUGCGCGCUUUUCGGACCAGACGGGGGGCUGGUCUCCAACGCCCCCCACAUCCCCGUCCACCUGGGUGCCAUGCAGGAGACCGUCCAGUUCCAGGUAGGAGGGUCCCCAGGAUCCCCCUGGCACCCCCCUGGCACCCCCUGGGGACCUGCUCAGCCCUUCCUGGUGCUGCCACAGAUCCGCAACCUCGGUGAGGACCUGCGGGAAGGGGACGUCAUCCUCAGCAACCACCCCUGCGCCGGGGGCAGCCACCUGCCCGACCUCACCGUCAUCACCCCUGUCUUCUGGCCAGGUGUCCCCAAGCCCGUCUUCUUUGUGGCCAGCCGCGGGCACCAUGCAGACAUAGGGGGCAUCACCCCCGGCUCCAUGCCCCCCCACUCCAAGGCGCUGCGGGAGGAGGGGGCUGUCUUUGUCUCCUUCAAGCUGGUGAAAGAUGGCAUCUUCCAGGAGGAGGUGGUGACGGAGGCCCUGAUGGCACCGGGCCGCAUCCCGGGCUGCAGCGGGACCCGGAACCUGCAGGACAACCUGUCGGACCUGCGGGCCCAGGUGGCUGCCAACCAGAAGGGCAUCCAGCUGGUCACCGAGCUCAUCCGCCUCUAUGGCCUCCCGGUCGUCCAGGCAUACAUGGCCCACAUCCAGGCCAAUGCCGAGGUGGCCGUGCGGGAGAUGCUGAAGGGUUUCGCCGCACGCUGGGGCACUGCGGUGGAGGCUGAGGACCGCAUGGACGACGGCUCGCCCAUCCGGCUGCGCGUGCAGGUGGACCCCCAGGAGGGUAGUGCUGUCUUUGACUUCUCGGGCUCGGGGCCGGAGGUGUACGGUAACUGCAACGCGCCACGCGCCAUCACCCUGUCCGCCCUCAUCUACUGCCUGCGCUGCAUGGUGGGCCAGGACAUCCCCCUCAACCAGGGCUGCCUGGCCCCCGUGCGAGUGGUCAUCCCCAAGGGCUCCAUCCUGGACCCCUCGCCCGAGGCUGCCGUGGUGGGGGGCAACGUCCUCACCUCCCAGCGCGUGGUGGAUGUCAUCUUUAAAGCCUUCGGCGUCUGUGCUGCCUCACAGGGCUGCAUGAACAACGUCACCUUCGGGAACGAGCGGGUGGGCUACUACGAGACGGUGGCAGGGGGCGCGGGGGCUGGCCCGCACUGGCACGGCCGCAGCGGGGUCCACACGCACAUGACCAACACCCGCAUCACUGACCCCGAGAUCCUGGAGCAGCGGUACCCCGUGGUCCUGCAGCGCUUUGAGCUGCGGCGGGGCUCGGGGGGCUCAGGGCGCUGCCGCGGUGGCGACGGCGUCGUGCGGGAGCUGCUCUUCCGUGAGGACAUGGUGCUGUCGGUGCUGAGCGAGCGCCGUGCCGUCCGCCCCUACGGCCUGCGAGGGGGCAGCCCCGGCGCCCCAGGGCUCAACCUGCUGCUGCGCCGCGACGGCCGAACCAUCAACCUGGGCGCCAAGACAUCAGUGCCGGUGGAGCCAGGGGAUGUAUUCCGCCUGCAGACCCCCGGCGGGGGCGGCUUUGGCUCCCCUGGGGAUGGGGGGGAACCCGAGGAGACGGCUCGGCCGCUGGUGCCGCAGAGCUUUGCGGAGCGUGGGAGCGUCUUCGAGUACCGCCGGGCGCAGGAGGCUGUCUGAGGGUCCCUGCCCCCUGAGCUGCGGCUGUGGGGCAGCCCCAGCCCCGGCUACGCACACCCCGUGGGGCAGCCCCCUCCCCAGCCUAGGUACGCACACCCCGUGGGGCAGCCCCCUCCCCAGCCUAGGUACGCACACCCCGUGGGGCAGCCCCCCAACCCCAGACACACACAGUCCGUGGGGCAGCCCCCCAUUCCUAGAUACAGUCUAUAGGGCAGCCCCCCAACCUCAGAUAUGCACAUCCUGAGAAGCAUCCCCCUGGUCCUAGAUAUGCACACUCCAUGGGGCAGCCCCCAACCCCAGAUGCACGCACUCUGUGGGGCAGCCUCCCCAUUCCUAGAUACGCACAGUCCGUGGGGCAGCCCCCCAACCCCAGCUAUGCACAUUCUGUGGGGUAGACCCCGAAGCCUAGCUAUGCACACUCAGUGGGGCAGCCUCCCAACCCCCGCUAUGCACAUUCAGUGGGGCAACCCCCUACCCCAGCUAUGCACACCCCAAGGGGCAGCCUUCGUCUCCACACCUCAGGCUCCCGCCCCCCACCCCAAGGCAGGGGGGGACCAGAGGGUCACUCUGCCGUGGGGCAGGGCUCAGGCUUCUGCUGUGGGGCAGCUUCUCCUCCCCAUGGCACUGCCUCCCCCCCCAGCCCCUCUCCUUCCCAGCUCUGUGCCUUUCAAUAAAUGAGCCUUCAGGCCCUUCCCGUG